ACUUUAGCGGGGAAGUGGAGGAGAAUUAUCGGGGAGCACGCACGGGGGAGCCAGAGCCUGCACGGAGAUCGGGGAGCGAAAGCGAAGCCGAGGAGCGAGCGAGCGAGAGGCGCACCCUCUGUCUGCAAGUGAAAGUGAAACACUCCCCUCACUGAGUCACUGGUUCACCGGUUCACCCCCUUCUUUCUCCCUCUCUCCCUCUCUUCCUCUGUGGGAAUUUGCAGUGGCUUUAGAGCUCAUAGCUUUGCUGAGAAACUCUCUGUGGGCGGCGAGAAUGGAGCAGAUUAUGGCCAUGUACAAGCUCGAAGCCUUCGGCAUCAUUUGAGCUUUCUGGGUUCUCUCUCUCUCUCUCUCUCUCUCUUUACCGAUCUCCUUCCCUUCCCGAGCUCUCUCUCUCUCUCUCAAAACUUAUCGCCGGAGAUGGCCUGCCGGAGCAUGAUGUCGGGGAACUUGGAGCCGGAGAGGAAGAGGAACGGUGGGCUGAGGACUAAGCAGGCGGGACGAGGAUCGUGCCGCGGCAGUUAGGCCCGGCGCCCCGCGAGUGCCCUCUUGAAAUUCCCUUCCCCCCCUCCUUGUCUGCUCGUGCAUGCUUGGUCCCCGCGCGCGCCCGCGCUGCUCUGUCGUGACGCCCCCGUUCUUUUGCUGUCCGGAGCUUCGUCGGAGCUCGGAGCGAUAUGGGGUACUUGCUGAAAGAAGCGCUCAAGACGAUCUGCGGCGUGAAUCAGUGGUCGUACGCCGUGUUCUGGAAGUUCGGCUGCCAAAAUCCGAAGCUGUUAAUAUGGGAAGAAUGUUACUAUGAGCCUCUACGAUGUUGCGUUCCUCCUUCAACUGCUGUAUCUGUGAUUGGCAAAGUGCCUAUGGGGGAGUUUGAUGGAUGCUUGGUCACUCCUGAAAAUCAGUUUGCUAUGCCUGAAAAUCAUGCAGCGGAUAAAAUUCAGUCACUGAUUGACAAGAUGAUGAUACAAAAUCAGAUCAAUAUUGUAGGUGAAGGAAUAAUAGGACGAGCUGCGUUCACAGGAAAUCAUCUGUGGAUACUUUCAAGUAGUUAUAAUGGGGAUGCCUAUCCACCCGAGGUACAAAAUGAGACGCUUCACCAAUUUUCAGCUGGAAUGCAGACAAUUGCGGUCAUUCCAAUAACUCCGCAUGGAGUUAUACAAGUCGGUUCUUCUUUACAUAUUAUGGAGAAUGUGAGAUUUGUGGAUGAAGUGAGGAGUUUGAUCCUGCAACUGGGGUUUGUCCCAGGUUCCGUGUGUUCCGACACUUAUGCAGCCAAAUUAGCUGUUUCUCUUGGAAUGCCUGCUGCAAAUCUGUCUAGAAAUGGAUUUCAGACUUCUAACCAGCCAUUGAGUUUGCUGGAGUCCCAUGGCCAACUUGGAGCUGGAGAUUUUGGAUCCCAAUCAGUUUGCAGUGCACUUGAGGUACAGCCGCACCAGCAGGCUUCUUCAUCUAACAUAAGGACAGGAUCUUAUCAUCAAAGUGGUUUUGGUCAAUUAGGUGUUAACCGCAACCACUUGACAUCAGAGAUGAAUUUGUAUUCGGAUGUCUGUGCUCGAAACCUUAUCAUUGAAAAGAGUCAUGCAUUAGAUGGCCGUGUCACUUCUCAGUUGAGAACAAACGGGGCAGGGCACAUUGAUAUGCAUAAAGUUUCAGACAUAACUGCAUUGCAUGGGGUCAAUAAUGGAAUGAGUUGUCAACAAAAGGAAAUUUCGAGACUGGUUUUCACAAAGACGGAUGAGGCCAAAGUCCGCGGCAAUGAUUCAUCAAGCUUGGAGGGUAUCCCUUUAAUGAGGGUAGAUGACAGUACAACCACUAAAAUGAGCCAUUUGCUUUCAGGAGGCUUAAAUCAGACAAAUCAUCCCAUGGACAUGAAAGCUACUGGAAUUGAUUUUCCUUCUGGGCAACUGAAGAUGGAAAGUGCUCUGGCAGGAGCCUUCAAUGGUUCAAAUGAGCAUGUGUCAGUGAAGGAGCUCAUUCCCCAGUCUCUUCAUGCUUAUGAGAAGUGUAAUAGCACAAGUUUUCGAUUUGUGGAAGAAACUUCAAAUAAUUCAUCAGGAGAUGAUUUAUUUGAUGUAUUGGGUGUGGAAUUCAAAAAUAAAAUACUAAACAGCAAUUUCAGUAAAGUAAACGGUGGUGGGCUUGAUGGUAGCCCUGGGAAGAUGGGCAAGGAAACGUUGAUGUCAGUGUUGAAGGACUCUGGUUCGGCUUUAUACUCAACUAGUGAGAGCUUUUCAGAAAGUGGUGUUUUCCUGGGGGCUGGUGCUGGAGAUGGUGAUCUUUUAGAUGCUGUAGUUACCAGAGCUCCGAAGCAAUGUGCAGAUGAUGCUGUAUCCUGUAAGACGACAUUGACAAAUAUCAGUAGCUCCAGUGUCCCUAGUAGUUCUUCCAGCUAUGGCUGCUUUAGUGCGCUGGACAAGGUGCCACGGGAGUCUUUUGGAUUCCCAAAGCCUCUGGAAAAAAUUGGGACAACAGCCCCUUGUUCUUUCAUAUCUGGCUGUAGCAAGGAGGGAACACGCAGUCAUUCCUUCCAUGGAUCCCAGAUUAGUUCCUGGGUUGAGCAGAGUCAUGCAAUGAAGCGUGACAGUAGUGUCUCCACUGGUUAUUCCAAGAAGCCUGACGAACUGAUAAAAUCAAAUCGUAAAAGGUUAAAACCUGGAGAGAAUCCUAGACCCAGGCCAAAGGACCGCCAGAUGAUCCAAGAUCGUGUAAAGGAGCUGCGGGAAAUUGUACCCAAUGGGGCAAAAUGUAGUAUAGAUGCUCUGCUGGAACGCACCAUCAAGCACAUGCUUUUCCUUCAAGGUGUCACGAAGCAUGCUGACAAGCUAGAACAAACUGCUGAAUCCAAAAUGCAGAUUAUUGACAGAGAAGGUGGAUUGCUUUUGAAAGACAAUUUUGACGGCGGAGCAACAUGGGCAUUUGAAGUAGGUUCACAAUCAAUGGUCUGCCCAAUCAUAGUCGAGGAUCUUAACCCACCUGGUCAGAUGCUUGUAGAGAUGCUUUGUCAAGAACGGGGUUACUUUCUAGAGAUAGCUGACAUUAUCCGAGGAUUAGGAUUGACCAUUCUUAGGGGGAAGGUGGAAGCCCGGAAUGACAAGAUUUGGGCACAAUUUUCCGUGGAGGCAAAUCGAGAUGUGACGAGGAUGGAAAUAUUUAUGUCACUCGUUCCUCUUUUGGAGAAAACUACCAAGGGCAGUCCAGUGCAGGACACUGCCAUGGAGAGAAUUCAGAUGGUCCAGCCCUGUAUUGCUGCUGCAAUACCCAAGAUUGUGCAGUGACCACCUGCUUUAUAUUAUCCUUGGUCUGGCUAAGUGUUGAGAGCGAGCUUGGUUCUUGCUUGCAAUGACUAACAUGGACUCCAGCCCAAUUCUGUCUAGCUGUUUUUACGUGGCUUAACUUUCCAGUAUCUCCCGCAAAAAGAUGAUCCAUGUCCUCACAGCACCACCGCUCAAUGGUCGACCCAUGCGAAUGUUGUGGUAGGGCUUUUCUAGGAUGAUUGAUCUGCUCCUCUCGCACAAUGGUUCGAUAUGGGAUAGGCGGGGAAAAUCUGCAAUUCAUUUGUUGAUUUUUGUUGCAGUUGUUCCUGAGGGAACUUAACAUUGCUGGGCUGGACAUAUUGAUUGUCUGUAAAAUGCUUUGCCUGUUAUCUUCGUGGAACUCCUUGUAAUCUCUCACGUGGACUCUUGUAAUUUGUAUUCUUUUCACUAAUCUUGCUUGUCCGAGGAUUUGAACA